AUGGUCGAUUUCCUGAAUCGACUCGAUAACCAGUAUUCUUCCGGUGCGGACAGCUCUCCACCGCAGUUGUCGUCUACAUCGAUCUCGCCCAGCUCGGCUCAGUACGAUUUCGAUCCGACGAUGUUUACCGGGGAUCCUACGAUGGCAGGACUUUACGACAACACCGUCCAAGACGCCUGGGCCGUUCCAGUCGACACGAUGCCGAUGCAGCGUCCGCAAGACGUCAACGUCAACAAGUCCAUGAUCCCACAACAAAUGCCAACAAUGAACUACACCUUCCAACCCCCCCGCUACGACACCUUCGACCACGACGAAAACCAUGGCCUCCAACCCGCUUUCGAUCCCCAACUCUCAGCCGAAGCGCAGCAAUCUAUGUCGCAGUUCAACUUCGGACAGCAAGCGGGGAUAUACGAUAUGCCCCAACCCGGACACGAGCAAUCUAUUCCCCAACAAGCCGCGGCUGCUGUGCCGGAAGCGAUCUUCCAACGACAACAAUUGGAUUUGAAUUGGCAGCCUCAGUUUAACAAUAACGGGGGACAAGGACAAGGACAACAACAGGGAAACUCGCAGCACUAUCCUUCGCCGCCAAUGCACCCAUUCAAGCGCCGCAAGUCUUCGGCACCGAGCCCGCUCGCGAGUGCCGGCGUAGCUUUCAGUGGUGGGUAUCUGCAUCACUCGUCACCACCCCUCGUAUCACCCCGCGACGACCGUGCUCCGCCCUUCCCGAACAGCAAUGCGAGUACUUGUCAAUUACCCAGCCCAGUUCAAGGACCCCACUCUCCUCUUGAAGUCGACCGUCCGGGAACGUCUAUGUCCUCCAUGGCCAGCAACCAGACGACCUCUACCGUCCCCGCCAAGCGUACCAGCGACGCUUCCACCGCCGUUGCUGACGACGAUUACGAGACUCCUUUCUAUACGACUACUGUUGAGAAGAAGGAAGGCUCUAAGGGCGGCAAGGGGGCUGAGAACGCGAAGGCAAAGUUGAACAGCUCUUUGAAACCCAAGAAGACAGCACAUAACAUGAUCGAAAAACGCUACCGUACGAACCUUAACGACAAAAUCGGCGCACUCCGUGAUGCUGUCCCCGCUCUCCGCUGUGCCGGCAUCGGCGGCUCCGGUUCUUUGUCUGACGCCGAAUUGGACCCUGACCUCGAUGGCUUGGCGCCCGCGCAGAAGUUGAAUAAAGCUACGGUGUUGUCGAAGGCUACGGAGUAUAUCUACCAUCUCGAGGCGAGGAAUAAGCAGUUACAAGAUGAGGUUAGGAGGAUGAGGGAUUACUUGAGUGCGCAGGCUGCUGCUGCUCAGGCACAACAGCAGGUUAUUCAGAGGAAGAGGACGAUGGUGCCAGGUCAGGGCGUGCCGGGUAUGCAUCUGCACCAGCAGCAUCCUCAUGCGCACCCCCACCAGCAGCAGCACCCUCAGCACCAACCGCCGGACGAGCCCCGUGGUCAUCGUCAAAGGUCGAGUGGUGGGUAUAUGUCCAAGGUCAUGGUUGGCUCGAUGGCGGGUAUGAUGGUUAUGGGCGGCGCUGGACAAUUCGGCGCACACCCUGACCAGGGCGGCGUCCCCGUCCACGGACAGCAACACUCCGCCCGUGGUCUCGCUGCGCUUCCCGGAUUCCUCCGUCUCGGAUCUGGGAAUGCUGGGUUUAUGUCGGCUGUUACGCUCAGGAGUUUGAGUGGAUGGUCGACGUAUGACGCUUUUAUGUUGGGGUUGAAGGUGUUGUUGGUGGUUGGGGCUGUUACGUAUAUUCUAAACCCUGCAUUCUUUGAUCGCGAGGAGAAGGAUAAGAAUAAGGGUGUUGUGGCGCAGAAGCAGAGGACUAGGACUGUUACCGGUACCGAGACUGCUGCUGCUGUUGGCGAGAAGACGAGCCCGGCUGUUAGCUCGCCGCUUUGUGUGAGGCAGAAAGCGUUCGAGACGGCGUUGCAGACGGUGUAUAUGCCGCCUGCCGGUGCUAGGCUUCCGAUCUGCACGGCGAUGUUGACGAAGUUUUGUAAGGCUUUGUUGUGUAUGACGUGUGGACAUGAGGUUUUCCAGACCCUGGCUGGCUUGAACGAGUCUGAGGAUUUGAUGCGGAUUAGCGCGUGGGAGCGUGCGUUGGAUGCGCAGCUUGCUGGUGGUGAUUCGAAAAUCAAUCGUGCGCGCCUCGCGUUCUCGUUUUUCUCUUCGUUGACCUUGCCUCCGAGUGCGAGUCGUUGUAUGCUCCAGGCUCUUCAUAUCCAGGUCUUGCUGCACGGAGUCACGCCUGAGUCUUUGGCGAGGAAGUUGAGUGCGCAUUUCUGGAAGAAGGCGAGGGCUGUUUUGGUGGCUGCUGGGGAUGAGGAGGUGUUGCCGGAGCAUAUCAAGAACUUGCUGGUUGAAUAUAACAGCGCUGAGAUCUUCACUCCUGAGGUUGUAAGGAGGGCCUAUGGGCUUGCUUCUGGACACAUUCUCGACGAGGAUGAGGUCGAGGAGGCUGAUGAGAACAUGGACUUCGUUGUCGAGGAUGACGCUGCCAAGUCCCCUCUCGACGCAUUGGCCGCUUGGUCUUCGUGCAUGAUCGCCCGUAAGGUCCUCAAGGCUGCGUUCGUCGCGAAGGAAAAAGAUGCGGACAAGGAGAUGAUGGAGGAACUGAAGGAUGAACUUGAGGUCGCUCUGGAGAUCGCGCCGCCCAACUCUGCUGCUCUCAGGACCGGGUUGCUUACCAAGGCUUUGGUUUACCCCGAUGCUGAGGGUGCUUCUUUGAGGGACGCCAUGAAGGCUUGGUAUGAUAACUUGCCCAUGAACGCUAAGGUUGAAGAAGAGGAGGCUCUUCUUAUCAUGCCUUCUACUCAGAUCACUACGGAUGCACGUGUCGGUCUUCGUUGCGCCAUGGUUCUCUGGCUUCUUCAGUCCGAUGAACCUGGUAAAGCUAAGCGCGCUGCCAACAUCUUCCGUGAGGUCAAGUGGAAGUCUUCUUCCGAGGACCGUGGAGGUUUGCUCGGUAUCUUGGCUGCUUGGAAGGCGUUGUCUGCAUUGGAGGCUCAGCCCUCUGCCAUCAGGUCCGAGCGUGCGGUCUUGACCACGGAGAAGAUCGCCGCAAGCAUCAGGAUUUGGAUCGGUGGUGCCGAAGCCGACAAAGUCGGUCUUUCCUUGAACACUAGAAAAGAGAUCAUCGCACACUGCGUGAGGGUUUUGGAUGCCGGAGCGGAGUCGGGGUACGAGAGUGCGGAACCUGCGAAGGGUCUUGGACUUAUUGAGGGUUAA